AUGUACACUUCAACACAAUACAACAACAACAACAACAACAAUUAUAGGAGAGUUAAUACCAAUACAGACCCAAAUGAUCCUUCCACUCUCAUGAAAGAAGACGGCGUGUCAGUUUGUUCGGAAUUAUGGAUUGAGAGUUUUAGAAACCCUAAUCAAACAAUCACUAAUCUGACUAACUACUUAAGGAGAUUUGAGCUAUGGGUUCUAGCCUAUCAAAAAGUUUGUGCUGAUGAAAUGGGUGCUUACAUGCCUAGAAGUUCAGUACAAAGAUCAGCACUCGAAGAUCUUCUAGCUCUUAGAAAUGCUGUUCUUGAUAACAGAUUCAGAUGGGGUGCUAGGUUAGAGUUUUUCAUAAAAUCCCCCAAAGAUAAAACCGAAUACGAAUCAUUAUCCAAACGAAAAAUUAGGGCUAUUUUAACUACUACACAACCAAGCCCAUUUCAAGAUAGGAUUGUUCAAGAGGUCUUGUUCAUGAUCUUGGAGCCUGUUUUUGAAGCUCGAUUUUCAGAAAAAUCUUACGCAUUUAGACCUGGAAGAACUGCACAUACUGCAUUGAGGGUUAUUAGGAGGAGUUUUGCAGGGUAUUUAUGGUAUAUAAAGGGGGAUUUAAGUACAAUUUUAGAUGGGUUAAAAGUUGGGAUGGUGAUAAGUGCUUUAAUGAGGGAUGUGAGAGAUAAAAUGGUGAUUGAUUUGAUAAAAUCCGCCAUGACUACACCAGUAAUCACAAGCCCACCUGUAGAAAAGAAGAAAACAAAACGAAAAUAUCAAAAAAAGAAAGUCUUAGCAGAAGACGAACCCAAACCCGACCCAUAUUGGUUAGAAUCUUUUUUCGGGUUUGCCCCUGAAGAAGCUGAAAAGGUUCCAACUUGGGGGCAUUGUGGUAUUUUAAGUCCACUUUUAGCUAACAUUUGUUUAGAUGAAUUGGAUCGUUGGAUGGAGGGAAAAAUUCAAGAAUUUUAUCGCCCUUCAAAAAGUGAUGUCAUAUGGAAUAGCCCUGAAGGUGAAGUUGACCAAGGUAACACAUCAUGGCCCGAAUUUGUCCCCACUAGUGGGCCCGAUAAGACCCGAAAAAUCGAUUACAUUCGUUUUGGAGGCCAUUUCUUGAUUGGAGUUAGGGGCCCACGAGCCGAUGCAGCCAUUUUAAGAAAACAAUUAAUCGAAUUUUGUGAUCAGAAAUACAUGUUAAAGCUCGAUAACGAAAGUCUCCCAAUUGAACAUAUAACAAAAGGGAUAAUGUUUCUUGAUCAUGUUUUAUGUAGAAGAGUUGUAUACCCCACUUUAAGGUACACUGCAACAGGUGGAAAAAUCAUAAGUGAAAAGGGAGUUGGGACUUUGUUAUCAGUCACAGCAAGUUUAAAACAAUGUAUUAAACAGUUCAGAAAAUUAGGGUUUUUAAAAGGGGACAGAGAUCCGGACCCACAGCCAUGUUUUAGAAUGUUCCAUGCUACACAAGCGCAUACAAAUGCACAAAUGAACAAGCUUUUGUCUACAAUGGUGGAAUGGUAUAGAUUUGCUGAUAAUCGAAAAAAGAUUGUGAAUUUUUGUUCUUAUAUAAUUCGAGGGUCUCUUGCGAAACUUUAUGCUGCAAAAUAUAAACUUCGUUCACGUGCAAAAGUUUAUAAAAUUGGUGAUAGGACACUUAGGCGUCCAUUAAAGGAGAAAAAAGGGCAAUCACCGGAAUAUAAUAAUUUAUUAAGAAUGGGGCUUGCUGAAAGUAUUGAAGGGUUGCAGUAUACACGAAUGUCUUUGGUGCCUGAAACUGAUUAUAGUCCUUUUCCUGUUGGAUGGAAGCCUGAUCAUGAAAAGGCGUUGAUUGAAUAUAUAAAGUUGGAUGAUCCAAAAACUUUGGAACAAAAUCGUACGAGUUUGAUAGAAGAAGGGCUUAUUUCGCCACAAGAUUAUAUUUCUAUGCUUGUUUGGAAUUAUAAGCGAAGUGCUGCCAUUAACUCGGAGUUGUUGGUGGGGUCGGGAAUAUGUGAGAGAGAGGUAUGUGAUUUACUUGGAGAAAAAGAUUGCUAUAAGGGGAAAGAAGUGGGGACUAAUGUAUUCAUUCUUCAUGAGUUGAAGAUGAUGAUGCCAAACUUAAACCAUCGGUUUCGUGGGCAUGUUGGUCUUAUUGCAACGGUUUUGUUGGGGCCCGUGUGUUGUUGACUUUAGAAAGUCAAAAAGGGUUGAGAUCGUGGUGACCCUGAUGAUGCAAAUGAGCCUCUGCUUGAAGUUGAAGGUGGUGUUGUUUUGGAAGUGAUCAUGAUUCAUAAGAUCCUAGGACCCUAGAAGCCAAGGCAUAGCCUUAAAAUUUGUCCUUUCUACUCGAAACUCAAGCCUUAAAUAAAUUUGUGCAUUUAUUUAUGAUAUUUACGAUUUAAAUGUUUGUUGAUACGG